UGCCUCUUCAUCCGCCGCAAAAGUUGUUUAUGUACUGGAAAAAGUAUAGGUUUUAGACACGUGCCUAGCAGAAUUGGUUUCUGUUAUUUAUCAAAUAUAUUUCUUGUUUGGAUUUUGGACAUUUAAAGUAAAAUGUCAUUUCGUGGACGUGGUGGUGGUGGGGGAGGAUUUGGAAGAGGGGGCGGAGGCGGAGGUUUUGGUAGAGGAGGAAGAGGCGGGGGUGGGGGAUUUCGAGGCAGAGGAGGCGGUGGAGAUCGAGGAAGCAGAAACUUCGAUCAAGGACCUCCUGAGACAGUGACGCCACUCUGCCAUUUUGAGUGGACUGCUCAAGACGAUUUGGUGGCCAAGGUUGAUAUAGAGCAAGUGCCGUAUUUCAAUGCUCCAAUUUAUCUUGAAAACAAGCAACAAGUGGGCAAAAUCGAUGAAAUUUUUGGAAACAUCCGAGAUUUUUACGUCUCGAUUAAAUUAUCCGACAAUGUCAAGGCCUCCAGUUUCGAGAAAAACUCAAAGUUGUUCAUCGAUCCAGGAAAGCUCUUACCUCUUCAAAGGUUCCUCCCUAAAGCACCGGGUUCAGUCCAAAAACGCGGAGGUGGUCGAGGAGGAGGAGGAAGAGGGGGCGGCGGAGGUCGAGGAUUUGGCGGCAGAGGAGGAAGAGGAGGCUCCUUUGGGCGUGGUGGGGGUGGCGGAAGGGGCGGUGGCGGAGGUGGAUUCAGAGGCCGAGGCGGAAACGGAGGCGGUGGUGGCUUCAGGGGACGAGGCGGAAGUGGAGGCGGAGGUGGUGGAUUCGGCGGCGGCAGAGGCCGCUGGUGAAGGAAACAAUAAAUACAAAUGUACAGACAUAUAUCCUUUUUUUUUUUUUACCUUUAUCAUAACUGCAUCAGAAAACUCGGAGAAAUUUCUAAAAUUUUAUCAAUGAAAACUCUACUUUUUAACCUUCUCAAAUCAAAACAAGCAUUAUUUCUAAUGCGCCAACAAAACUUGAUCAAGAUCUUGGAAGAAGAAAAAAAGACAUGUUUUUCAGAGAAUCAAUUUAAUUAUUGUAC